ACCGCCGCCGCUGCCGCCAUUGCGGGGCGCUGUAACCCUUGAAGGGUGCUCCUGCGGUGAGUGCCUUGAAUUUUUGCCCUUGCUUCUCGCUCUCCUAUCCCGGGAGCCCGGCGGGUCCGGGAUUCCCGUCCGUGCCGGUGCGGGCGCCGGCAUGUGGCUCUGGGAGACACAGGGGGGCCUCCUGGGCCCCUUCUCCUUCCUGCUGCUGCUGUUCCUGCUGGUGACGCGCAGCCCCUGCAAUGCCUGCCUCUUCACCGGCAUCCUCUACCUCCUGCUGCGCCUCUUCAGCUUCGAGCCUCUGCCCGCGCGCCGGGCCCUGCAGGUGCUGCGGCCCCGCGACCGCGUCUCCGCCAUCGCCCACCGCGGCGGCUGCCACGACGCCCCCGAGAACACGCUGGCGGCCAUUCGGCAGGCAGCUAAGAAUGGAGCUACAGGCGUGGAGCUGGACAUUGAGUUUACCUCUGAUGGGGUUCCCGUCUUAAUGCACGAUAACACAGUGGAUAGGACGACAGAUGGCACUGGCCGAAUAUGUGAUUUGACAUUUGAACAAAUUAGGAAGCUUAAUCCUGCAGCAAAUCACAGAUUAAGGAAUGAUUUCCCUAAUGAAAAAAUCCCUACCCUGAGGGAAGGAGUUGUAGAGUCCCUAAACCAAAACCUCACAAUCUUCUUUGAUGUCAAGGGCCAUGCAAAUAAGGCUAUUGAUGCUCUAAAGAAAAUAUAUAUGGAGUUUCCUCAACUAUACAAUACUAGUAUGGUCUGCUCUUUCUUGCCAGAAGUUAUCUAUAAGAUGAGACAAACUGACCAGAAUGUAGUAACGGCGCUAACUCACAGACCUUGGAUCCUUAGCCAUAUGGGAGAUGGGAAACCACGCUAUGAUAACAUGUGGAAACUGUCCACAUUUGUGGUCUUAGACAUUUUACUCGACUGGAGCAUGCAUAAUGUCUUGUGGUACCUGUGUGGGAUUUCAGCUUUCCUCGUACAGAAGGAUUCUAUAUCCCCGAACUACUUAAAGAAGUGGUCCGCUAAAGGCAUUCAGGUGGUUGGUUGGACUAUUAAUACUUUUGAUGAAAAAAGUUACUAUGAAUCCUAUCUUGAUUCCAGCUAUAUCACCGACAGCAUGUUGGAAGACUGCCCACCUCACUACUAGACUUUUCCCCCAGGGAGGAAGCCAUGGCUACAGAGAUUGCCUGCUGGCCUCAUGCAGGGAUCCUGAAAAACCCUUUGUGCUAGCCCAAGCCAUGGGGAAUCGGGUGGCCCGCAGAAGCAGUAGUCGGUAAUGGCAUUUUAACCUUGGACCAAAGCAAAGCCUGGUGUUGCCACCGUGCUCCAUGGAAUGCCUGAGUUCAACACCCAUUGCUCUUGAAAAUCUGGGUCUGCAAAAAAAAGGCACAAUAGCCCCUGCCCAGACCUCGCUGAGGCACACACCAAGGCCCGGUGAGGAUAGGCACAGAUUGAGCUGUGCAAUGCGGGAGUACAAAUGCAAAUGCAUGGGAUAUGCAUGAUCACUCAAACUUGACAUUUUAAAAUUUGACACACAUGUAAUUUAUUUAAAAUAUUUGUAUUUGGCUACAUUAUCAAUGUACUGUAGUCAUCAAACUUGUGACCAUACUAAUAAUAAAAUCAUUAAAAAGAGCAUGAAGGGAAAACUGCUUAUCAAGCAUCAAAUCCUAGGACAUAAGGAAUUUAGGGAAGCUGCUAUCAGCAAUCCAGUGACGGGGGCAACAGCUUCAGUGUGACGCAAAUGUCAGGGAAGUCUUGACACCAGCCUGAGGGAUUGUUUGUGGUAUAAGAACUAUAGACCACUAGGGGGCAGAGUUUCACCCUUACAGGCUACUCUACAACAGAUGAUCGGAGACACUAUUCAAGGACAUCUAGGCUUAUCCUCAUUUUAAGUGAGAAAACUAAAACGUGUGAAAGGGAAGGGUCUUAUUCAAAAAUGACACCACUGGUGAUGUAGCAGAGCCUGAUCUUAUGAUAGUUAAGAAAAUUUUUUUUUACUAUUUGCCAGGAACUUUAGUGGUUUUUAACACAUUAUCUUAAUUAAAUCUCACAAAAAUCUUAGAGGUAUUGGCUUUUUGAGGAAACUGAGGCACUGCAAAAUUAGUUACUUAAGGUCUCAAAUUUCUUGGUGCAGUUGGGAUUCAAAUCUAGGUUGGUCUGACUCAGAGCUCUUGCUUUUAACCCCCUGCCUGCCUUUAUACAGCUCUCUAUUCCCAGUUCCUUCCCACACGAGCUACUGGAGGGUCUUAUUGUGAACUUAAAUAGCAAUAUUUAAAAUAAAGUUGAGACUUUAAAAGAU